AUGUCCUGGUGUGAAUCGGAGUUGCCCGAUGAUGACGUCGAGUCAGUUAUGUCAGUAACAUCUUCAGUUUUGUCGGGAAUCGGAAGAGAUGCAACACGAAGAGUAUUUGUUCUCUCUGCCAAUGAGACGAAUUCAAGCCUGAUACAAGAUCGUAUAAUUUCCCCAUUGAAAAAAGCUGGAAUUCCCUGUUUAUAUGACCGCAAUAGUUUUCCUCUCGGGUUUACUUUGGAAAAAAUUCACACAAGCUGCAUCACACGACACCCAGUUACUAUUCUUCCAAUAACGAAAAGGUUUAAUGAAGAGUUCAGCGACAAUUACAUUGAAAAGGUGUUUCCUAUCGACUAUCAUAUCCGUCAUCUGGUAGUAUGCAUACUCCUUGAAUCAGGAUGCAAAAUACCGACCAGAUUUGAGUCAUUGACGCAGUUGGACUUCAGUGGAGCACAGAGUGACAAAGAUGCCAAUAAACAGGAACAUAGAAUGGUUAAAGCGGUGAAGAGAAAACUUGAGCGAACGAAAAGAAAAGACAAAAAAGAUCCAAAUGAAGAUCUGUGUAGCCGUUCAGAAACGUUAUCUCUAAUGUCAGACAAUACAUUAGUGGAGAAUCAGGUUGACACUGGUUUGCGUAUCGAACAGGAAGGCAGUGAAAGUUCAGUCGAAUUUGUUGCAAUAAAUGAUUUAAACAAUCCACGGCAACAAUCGACAGGGGUACAUGUCAGAUAUGACAAGAUUCAAGAGUCAGAUCACAAACUGGAACAGCGUGACUUUGGUAUAAAGUACGAGGAAGGAAUCUCUGCAUUUCAUGCAUUCUACACAGAUAUGCAUGGGUGGAAGAAUGACAUAGAAGAAUAUAUCAUGCAGAAAGUUAUACCUAAUGCUCCGGUUGAGAAGUUGGCAGAGUUGCUGUGUUUUCAGAACACACGACUGGAGAUUGCCGUCCUGGAAGCUAUAAGAAAUAGAAUAAUCACACAUUUGGUCCCAAAUAUAUUCAGUAAGAAGUUGAUACACUCCACCAAUUCUUCUCUUAUUAGUGUUGAAUCAACAUUACGUCUAUCAUUCCGUGAGAUAGAGGACUAUAAUGUUACAUGUGAAAAAAUACUGACAUACCAACUCAUACUUUCUGCACUUGUAAACGCACGCUUGUUGGGUGUUCUUUCAAAAGAACUUCUCCCUGGCGAUUCACUCACUCCAAUAAUAACACUACUCAAUUUGAAACAACACGCUAUUUCUCCGCAUGCUGCAGUAUGGACAACACAGGCGAGAAUUACCCUAGAAUGCAAUGUAUACUACAUUACUAAUGCGUUACAGAGAAUAAAAGAGGACGUAGGAAGCUGGAAGAAAGUCAAGACAUCUAUUACAAAAUCAACUUUAACCUCGAUGAGGAAGGUGACAUCUACAUCUACAUAUUUGGACAAACUCUCAUACAACUUGGAACGAAUGAAUGAAUCGAGUGGGGGAAAGAGAACUGCUGAGAAAAUAUUACAAACCGAUAAAUUUGCAGUAUUGGCCGCAACUGAUUUUUUAGCUUGUAAGAUCAUGAACCAAGAUAAGUUGGACGACAAUCUUAAUUAUCUAAGACUCCUUGGAUACCUAAUGUACGGGAUGAACCUGCACCGCACGUCAAGAGAAAGUACCCUUGUAUUUCAAUUGUCUAUUCUAGUAAAGUUAUUGGAGAGUUCAAAAGACGAAGCAUUCUGUGUCAACAUUAUUGAAGGUGCUAAAGACACUCAGGACAUGAAGUGCAUUGGUAUCCACCAAGUAUUAGAACAUCUUAAAUCUACACCAAACGAUCAAGUGCGACAAUUCCAUAGCAGCAUGUUUGGUCAGUUAAUCUACCAUCCUUUACGAUGUGUGAAUAAAUUAGCCCAAAAAAGGACGGUCCUGAAACGAAGCAUUGGGGAUGAAGCGAUAAAACCCAAGGACAAUCCAUUCUCUGUGUCUUUCCAACAGCUUCAAGAAAUAAACCAGAGGCUUAUUCUCCGAGAAUGUGGAGAUAUAAGCUUGACGAGUAAGGAUUCGGUCGCGCCAUCAGAGCAAGAUAUAAGUGCAAACACACGAUGGGCGUGGAACGGCCACCUUUUUGGUAGUAUGGUAACUGUGAGUGUCCCAAGUACCUUGGAAGAGAUAUUAGGAAAUGAUGAAGAUAUGAAGUACCAAAGCUAUGAAGAAAUGCCCUCCGUAAUGUUUCUAUCAGAAAUGUCAUUGCUGCAUAAGCUACAGAAACAUGACAACAUAAUCGACCUGUACGGAUUUUGUCGUCAUCCACUCCCUAUUUUCACAAUAACUGAACAUCUUGAAAACAAUCUUCUUGAGUAUCUUACAGAACGUACGACGCGAGAUAAGUUCAUGUCACUUUAUGAAUUGGUACAUGAUAUCUGCAUUCCUGUGAUAUCAGCCGUACAGUACUGUCACACAAAUGAGAUCGUCCUCAGAGAUGUGAUUGCCAAGAAUUUCAGAAUUGAGAUAGGUCAAAACAAGUCGAUAAGAGUAAAAUACUGUGAUCUCAAGUUGGCCAAAGAGCUACAAAAAAAUGAUGGGAAAUAUGGUUCGGUUAAUCCCUAUUUUACCAUUUUGGGAGACAAGUCUGAAAUGGUGGAUGACACAAAUUGCUAUUUAGGUACUGAGAAUGACAACAUUGCCAAACGAUGGAGUGCUCCAGAGUCGUUUGUUGAGCCCUACGUGUUUUCCAAAAAAUCUGAUGCAUGGAUGCUGUCAUGUACAUUAUACGAGAUUUUAACUCACGGAUGUCAGCCUUACACCGAGUUAUAUGGUACGACGUCUGAUGACAUAAUGCUGCAGGUUAUGCGAGGUCUUCGUCUCAAACAACCUGCCUGCAUACCAACAACAAUAUUUGACAUUCUUCUUCAUGGUCAAGUUGUGAUACCAGCUAAACGACUUUCCGUUGAUACACUAUAUGAUAAAGUUGUUGCUCAUUCAACAAAUCUACCCCAACCCGAUCCAAGAGACAUAAAGAAAAUACACUUCCCACCGCAAAGGGAUCGUAGCCAAGGAAUGGAACCAGAGAGGAAUCAUUUUCCAUGCAGAUUAGAAGACAUCACAGCAACAGAUGUACAGAUGAAAAGGGCCGAAACUGCUGGGGCGUUUGGUUAUGUUACACUGGAGGAGAAACUUGACACAAGGUUAUUUCCACAUGGCAGAUCGAGAUUAGAAAUAAAUAAACUUAGAAGUCUAUCACAUCAGAAUAUAGGGCGCGUUUUAUCAUGCGUUCUACAGGAAGAUGUCACUAUACAAGUAUCAGAGUAUUAUGAUACAAAGACAACUCUACUUAACGUAGCUUUACACAAACAAUGCACUGAUAAAUUAAUUGACUACCUGAUGCAGGUGGCAUCCGGAAUGGCUUACCUUCACGAAAAUUAUUUGAUACAUUGUGACCUAAGGGCUGCACAUAUAUACAUUUCUCAAAAUGAUCAGGCAAAAGUUGGCAGACUCGGUCGUGCAUGUCUUCUGGAAGUUGGGUUAUAUGAUCUAUGUGUGCAAGACAGUGUGAAAAUAAGGCAAAUGCUGAAGGAUCAAAUACGUUGGUCUCCUAUUGAAGUUGUUUGUGGAAAUAUCUUCUCCCAAGCAAGUGAUAUAUUUAUGUUUGCACAGUUGUGUUGGGAGGUGUUCAAUGCCUGUGAUGCAAACAAAAGUUUUGGACCUAACAUGUUAGUGCCAUUCCCUCAUUCAGCUGACAGCGAGAUUCAAAGUUUGCUUACCCAACGAAAACAUCAACUCCAACCUCCAAGUUGUCCAGAGUGGAUAUAUAAAUUGAUGAAAAUGUGUUGGUUAGAUGAAAGAUCAAGAAGACCAAGCUUCGAGCUAAUUGGGCAGUGCUUGCAAAAUAGGUGCCUGGACCCAAUAGAUACUCAUGAAGACAAUGAUUCUGAGGCUACAGUUUAUGGGGCACUACAAAGGGAGGAUGAAUAUAUAUUUGGGUACUUUACAGAAGGCACAACUAAACACCAGGAAGAUAAUGACUAUACCUACUACACAGAUACUCCAUUUGUCAGAUCAAACACCUAUGCUGUACAAGAUAGGGGGGAAUAUACAGAAGAGAAUGUAUAUGAAUCAUGCGACGUGUACGAUCAUGCCCAAACAGAACCAAAGAAAAACAUAAUUUCAGCGCCACUUCCUUUACCACCACUGCCCACAUCACAGGCUAUUACUGAGAAUAUAUACGAUCUACCGACACCCGGGGAUGAGUACAUUUAUGAAGAACCAUACAACAUACCACGAAUGCCACCGAUUCUGAGUGAUUUUCAUUCUACAAAUCAGAAAGCACCACCUCCUAUUGUUCCACCACUACCAGUGCUUAAAUCACAGAUUAGUAAACCUCAGCCACCACAGUCAGGUGAAGAACGUGGGGAUAAAUGCAUGCCUGAUGAAUUACCUGCAGAUGUGUACUAUUCACUGGACGACAUUGAGUACAUUACCUAUGACCCAUGCGAUAUACCACCAAUUCCACGUGGUUCUCCUGUACAGCAUCCUACAACACAGGAAGGAAUUGCGACCCAGUUUAAAACAAAACCCUUAGUUCAGCCAAAGGACGAGACCUGA